AUGACCUUUUAUCAAGCGCAUUUGGGAAUAUUUGCAGCAGCAACCACCUACCUUGUAUGGUCGCAGCACAGACGGUCGAGCACGAAACAUGAUGCGACAACACCUUGCGAUGUCGCCGCCAUCGAAGGCCACCAAGACACAAAGCCAAGCGCCGAGAUUCACAAGUUUCAACUCGACUUCUUUCUUCCAUAUACACUAGCUACAGCAGCAGACUGGCUGCAGUAUGAUAAACAUCUCUCCGAGAGGAUGGUUGCUGCCCUGUACUCUGCAGGGUUUAUCUCGGGUGCCAUCAGUGCAUCCUUCGUCGGCGGCGCAGCGGAUAGAUUUGGGCGGAAGAAGGCUUGUCUAUUGUAUUGCAUUCUUUAUAUCAUCACAUGCUUGACCAUGAUUAGCGACAGCUUGCCGAUAUUAUUCCUGGGACGAUUGACCGGCGGGGUUGGCACGACGCUUCUCUACAGUGUUUUCGAGGCUUGGAUGAUCUCCGACUAUCACGAGCGAGGCUUACAGGCUUUCAGAUUGGAGCUUGCUCCUAUAUUCAGUGCCAUGACUACCAUUAGCUGCCUCGUUGCCAUAGUAUCUGGUGUUCUAGGCGACGUGCUUGUUUCAGCAUCUGGCACAAGAAUUUGGCCCUUCAUGGUUGCUAUAGCCUGUUGCUGUGGUUCCAGUGCGCUGAUAUGGCUGAACUGGCGCGAUAAUUUCGGUCUCUGUUCGCUGGGCCAUGAAUCGAUAGACAGCAUUCGAUCUGGGGUUCGAGCCAUCACUCGUGAUGCUCGCGUUGUGUCGGUUGGCCUCAUCUCAUGCGUAUUCGAAGGCACCAUGUACCUCUUUAUUUUCUUCUGGUCCGCUGCCUUGCAGAGUUCCAGGAUAGCAGCAGACUCAACCGAGGAUCUGCCCUUUGGACUCAUCUUCUCCAAUUUCAUGUGCGCCAUGAUGGCCGGGUCCGCAUUGGUUGCCCGCCUUAUUCAGCGCUCAAACGGAUUGCGAGGCUCAACAGAUGUUCUCCUUGUUGUGGUAUUGCUAGCUGCUUGCUCCUUGGCCAUGGCUGCUGGGCUCCGGAGUGAAAUACCAGUAUUCUGGACCUUUUGUCUUCUUGAAGCUUGCAUCGGCGCUUACUUGCCCGCCAUGGCGAGCUUGAAGAGUGAAUUGGUCGAGGACAACGCCCGUGGAACGAUUUACAGCAUUCUGCGUUUUCCCCUCAACGUCUUCGUCGUGGUUGGGCACAGUCUAGACAAAGAAGGGAGUGAACAUCGCAAUAGUGUAUUUUUAGUUUGUAGCGCGCUACUAGUCGCGUCCUUUGUCAUUGCAAGAAGAUAUCUGCUGUAG